AUGGCGAAUACCGGUGGCCUGCGUCGGUUUCUCGUCAUUGGCAGGAAUGGCUUCAUUGUCGAGGGGUCAUAUGUAGCCAAGGCAUUAUUUGAGCAAGGCCACUAUAUUUGUAUCGCGGAUAUCAAAUGGACCUCUUAUUUCAACGAGUGCAUCUCAAAUGAGGUUCUCAUUGGAAACCUCUGCGAUCUGUCAUUUUGUGAAAGUGCUGUUCAGAGCAUAGACACAAUCAUGCAUUUUGCUGCAACGAUGGGUGGCAUGGGCGCAAUCAACGAAGCAAAUGAUUUCGUGAUUUACAAUGACAAUUCAACGAUGACAUUCAACCUUGUACAUGCCGCUAUAUACUGUGGCGUCCAGCAUUUCUUCUAUGCAUCAUCUGCCUGUGUUUAUCCGACAUCAUUGCAGCACCACGGAAUGAACCCCAUCUCCCUCCGCGAGCAUGACAUGUGGUCUUCUGGGGCUCCAAACCCACAAGGCCUCUAUGGUCUUGAAAAGCUGAACUCUGAGCUACUCUUGAUGCAGUUUGUCGAGAAGAUGCAGAUACACAUUGCUUGGUUUCAUAACAUUUUUGGCCCAUAUGGCACAUGG